AUGAAGUUCCAGCUCAUCUCCGUCUUCCUCACCGCCCUCCUCCCCCUGUCGGCACUCGCCGCACCGGCCGCGGGCAGCGCCGACGUCGAGGCCCAGGGCGAGCUCCACGCACGCCGGUGCCCGGCCAACGCCAGCUGCUUCAACGGCCGCUGCCACUGCCAGGACCCCUGCGAGGGCGGCAUCUGCGGCUCCUACGACUGCGGAUCCUGCUAA